AUGCCGCCCGCCAGCGCAGAAGCUCAGUGCUGGCAGGCGGCGCUCGCCAACAUAAAGGAUGCCCUAUAUAAUCCGCUACCAGGCACAAAAAUUUCUAAGUCCUGGCGUGAAAUUUUCACUAUGCCGUCAGGUUGCCAAAAUUUCACGCCAGAACUGCCACCCUCCUCGAUGUUGCCACCGGUCACCCGAGCGCCACCUCGCCUCUCGGUGCGCCACUGUGGCCCCCUCCACGACGCCGCCUCCUCCUUGAUGCUGCCACCGCUCACCUGUGUGCCACCGUCCACCACCACCCCGUCUCCACCGCCAGUCGUGUCCCCCUCUCCACCGCCGCCCUCCCAGAGCACCGCCGCCGGUCACCCAAGCACCUCCUCAUCUCUCGAAGCGCCGUCGUGGCCCCCACCCCGAUGUCGCCUCCUCCUCGAUGCCGCCGCCGCUCACCCGUGCACCGCCAAACUUCUGGAGUGCCGCUGCGGCCACCUCCCCGACGCCACCUCCUCCUCGAUGCUGCCACCGCUCACCCGUGCACCGCUGUCCGCCACCACCCCGCCUCCACCGCCGGCUGUGCCCCCAUCUGACCCAUGGGUCCGCCUCUUCCUCUCCACUGCCGGCCCUCCCCCAGCCUAUGAGCUCGGGCUGCAAGCCCCGCCCCUCCGCUCCUCCCCGACAUUGCCGGCCACCUCCAUGACACCCACCGCUGCCGCGCCUGCGCUUCUCCCCAACGCCCGACGCCACCACGCCUCCCUUCUCCCCACCGCUCCAUGA